AUGAAUAUCCUAGAAAGGUUCAAGUCACAGAAGGUGCCGCCGGCAACUGUACCAACAGAUACGGUCGUUCCCAUCUAUGAAAUUGACUAUUUGUCCCACAAAACCAUGGAGUUGAUAAUGAGAUUUGAUGAUGUUCUCGACCCAGCCAAGCUUCAGCAAUCUCUCAGACGGCUGUUGGAAAUCGGAAACUGGAGGAAGCUCGGAGCGCGCGUACGUGUCAAGGGAGACCCCGCUGAAAAUAAGUACGAAUAUCAUAUACCAGAGCAGUACGAUGAUGUGCGCCAGGGCUUCAUAUACCGAGUGUCGAAACACAGCGGUAGCAUCAACAGUCACCCCACUGCCGCUCGACUGCCCGGACACAAAAAUGGAACUGCAACCAGCUCUUCGCAAGACUUCGGUGAAUUGGGCCUACAGCCUGGAGACCCCAGACAUCUCGUCGACUGGGCGUAUACUGAUCUCCCACAACUGUUCUUCCACCACAUCGCUUUUACCGAUGCCACCGUGAUUUUCAUGACAUAUCCGCAUAGUAUGAUGGACGCCAUGGGCCACAGCACCUUUCUCCGUGCUUGGAUGGCUGUCCUCCAUGGGCGAGAGCAUGAGGUUCCCGAGUUAAGUAGCUUGGAAGACCAUCGACGCCCCUUGGCCGAAAGGACCCCUGCUAAGAAUUAUCUCCUGUAUGAUAAUUUGCUGAGUAGACUCGGACUCAUGCUAUUUCUGUUCAACCGCUUCAUUGAGGAUAUAUGGGCUACAAAGGAAGAAAGAAUUGUUUGCGUCCCUGGGGAGUUUGUUCGGGAGUUAAGAGCCCAAACACUCGACGAGCUUGACCCGAGCAAAGAGAAGCAAUUCCUGAGUGAGAAUGAUGUGAUUCUUGCAUGGUUCACUCGGACCAUUCUUUCUGCUGCCAAGACGUCGGGGAAACGAUCGCUCAUUCUGAUGAACUGGUUUGACAUUCGCUCGACUGUCCUUCCACCCAAAGUCGGACAUAUCUUCAAUGCAGUCAUUCCCGCGCACACAAUGGUACCCAUUUCGGAAGUGCUAAAACAGCCACUGGCAUUCCUCGCAACUCAGAUCCGCCACUCACUGGCUCAACAACGAGCCCCUGAGCAGAUAGAGGCCUGGUAUUCAAUGGUGGCAGCCAGGCUAAAGCAAGGCCUAUUCCCGUUGGUUGGAACUUCGAACGGGUUCACAACAACUUACUCCAGUUGGCAUACAUCGGGACUGUUCCGUCUUGAUCUCUCGCCUGCAGUUACGCAACAGGGUCUUCCUCUAGAUCAGAGGACCAACAAAAUCGGUUACCCAUCCUGUGUGUUUUCUCCCAAUUGUUUUUCCAUGCUUAGACUGAGAAAUGCGGGAUGCUGUCUCGGCAAAGACGAAGAAGGAAAUUGGUGGUUUCAGUGGCUUCUUCGCAAGCGAGAGUGGAAGAAGAUUGAAGAAUAUCUUAGUCAAGCUGACGAGGACACUUCGAAGACAUCCCUCUAG